AUGGGGCCCGGAACCGUUCCGGUGAAUCUUGCACCUGAGGUGAGCGCGCCCGCCGUCGUCAUGUCGCGCGGGGCCUUCCCGCAAGUUGCGGCGCCGCCAGCGGCGGGUCUCGUUGCCCUGCUGCUCGUCGCAGCGGCGGCUGGCGGAGUGCGCGGAUCGGGGGGGGAUGCGGCGCUACCCCGCAAGCUCGCCGCGGGCGGAAGCGGAAACAAGGCGGCUGAGCUGGUGAAGGACUCCCCCCGUGCUUCCGCGGAGGGGGAGAAACUUGUAGUGAAGGAUUCUGCGCCUUCUUUCCGCCAGUGGCGCCG